GGUGGCGGUAAUGCACACCAGAAGGUUACACAAUUACGUCUCUACCGGUAGCGGAAGUGGAGCCACACUGUACAUGCUGGGAAUCUCAUCUAUCUUCAGACUGUAAUGAUGUGGUGGGUGUGAACCUUCAACCUUUACAUCACUGACGUUGUGCUUGACAAUGAUAGCCUUGCAACUGCAAUAAGAUCAAGUCGACGUCAAAUUUGAGCCGAAGGGAUGUUUCGGCUGCGGGGUGUGAGUGCCCGAUUCCACAGACUCAUUCACACGGUCUCUGUGAACCGAGACCAGGUUCUGGAGCAAUUGCAGGUCUGUUCUGCCGAAGACCAUGUGUUUGAUGUUGUGGGUAAGAACAAGGCCAAGCUCACAGCGGACCAUGUAGGCCUGGCUGUGAUUACACUGUGGGGCUUCCAGAGAGACAAACCAACGUUGCUAAGAACAGUUGAGUUAAUCAAGAAUCACCCGCAGUUCCUUACGCUGCGGGUUCUGGCAGAGAACAAAUUUGCGCUCAUGGAUGAUGAUAUAUUGGUAGACUCGCUGUACAGUUUCCUCAGGCUGAAUGUUGACUGCCAUGACCCUCUUAUUCAGCAGUUGGUGUCAGAGGCUUGGCGAAGAUUAGACAAACUUCCCAUGACAUCCCUAUCCAAAUUUGCAGUCUGUCUGAAUGAACAGGGCCUGUUCCGCAAUCCUCUUUUGGGUCGCAUCGCCAAUAUUGUGGAUCAGAAUUUGUCAUCCAUUGAUGAUGCCAGGAUCCUCUCUACCUUUCUAAUUACUGUGUCGUCCAUGGUGUCCCCUCGUUUUCGAGAUGCCCUCAUUAGCAGGGUGGACCACCUCCUGGACAAAACGGAUUGGCCCCAAGCCAGCAACGCUCGCAGAGUGGUGCAGUUCCUGCGCCACAUCAAGUGCACCCACAGGCCAUUGUUGGAGAAGUGCAGCCGGAUUCUCAUAUGCGAAAUUCCCACGAUGGAUGUGAACCACAUCUGUAUGUUAAUGGGGCUGUUUCGGUCGCUGCAUUUUCACAGCUGUGACUUCAAGCUGGCUGUGAAACAACGGCUGACAGAAGAGAUUGAUUCAAGCAUCGACCCGCAUGCAUUUACUGCAUUACUCUCUCUGGCACCCUUUGCCAGUCCAGAGAUGAGAAACCGAUUGGAGAGCACAGCCUACAUAUUGGCUGAUGAGUUUAACGCACUGCAGGUGAUGGAUAUUGCUGAAGCACUGCAACAGAUGCAGAGCAGGAACUUUAUCUUGAUAAAGAAAAUUGCAUCAGUAAUCCAAAGGAACCUUGACACUUACAGGCCAGUGGAGGUCUGUAGAAUCACACAGGCACUUUUUAUGUUGGAUUAUUGGAAUCUAGAACUCUUUACCAAACUAAGAAACAUUUUGGUCAGAUUUUUAGAGCGCAGCUUCCUCCCCGGUGAAGUGAUCAUGUUGACCCGUGUUCUGUCCAUGUUACCUGGUCCGCGACUUCAGGAGGUUGUGAUCUCCCGGCUCAACGCAGUGGUGUCCCAAUGCUGUUUUGAAGAUCUCGUAACCAUUUCCUUUGUUCUCGGGAAGUGGAUGCGUAACGACCCGUUGUACCACCACCAAAGCACCACCAGCGAGUACGUGCGUCUGCUGCAGACACUUAGCUGCCGCGGUCUUGAGAGGCUGCAGACGACUGACCGACUGAACUUGCUUCUUGAAGAGCUCAAGUAUGUUUCGGGGGAGUGGUUUGAGAAAAUGAUUCUGGAAGAUACCAUGGCCACGCUGCACAGAAUGAUAGAUCAAAUCAAUUGGACAAACUUGCCGGAACUGUCCCGCAUCAUAGCAUGGACAAAUUGGUUCUGCCCUCCCUUGAUGGACCGUAUUGCCAGUGUGGCCAUUAAAGACAUUGAUAAGAUUCACCCCUCAGCAAUUUAUGACAUCAUGCUUCCCUUUUCGAUCUUAAAGUAUGAUCCUGAAGGAGCAGACGGGUUUUACGACACUUGUAUAAAGCGCUUAAUUCCUCAUAUCAGCUCCUUGGACCCUCAUCUAGUGGUUCUGCUGGCAUCCGUCUUGGCGUUGGCAGGUUAUUUUCCUGAGGAACUUGUCAGACAAAUCUUCAACAUAGAUUUCCUUGGAAAGCUCGACGCCGAUCUGGAAGUGUUACCUGAUACCCGCAACAAGGACACACGACAGCGUCUCAUGGAGUUUAAUCGUGCCGUGUGUCUUGAGUGUCCUGAAUUGCAGGUCCCAUGGACUCAUGAUCGCUACUGCAAGCUUAUGCUAGGCCGAGGGAAGGCUUCUCUCAGUCCUGUCCAGAAGCAAAUCCAUACAAUGUUGGCUGAAGUGCUUGGUGGCAUUGACUUUGUUAGGGCAGCAGAGGUCACGCACUAUUUUUACACUCUUGAUUUUGAAUUCAUUUUGGACAAGCACCUAAAGCCGUUGCCCCACAGCAAGCCGGGUUUUCUGCAGAUCUCAGAUGAAGGCAAGAUUCACUGGAGUCCAAGGUCAUUGGAGAACAUCCGGACGGAGCUUCCACCAGGGGCACAGCGUGUUUGUAUUGCUUUCCUCGGCUACAAAUCUUUCUGCAAAAAUGUCCAACACAUGAAAGCCGCAUCGCUGAUUAGGAAGCGGCACUUUGAAAUUCUGGGAUAUCGUGUUGUUCAGAUCCCCCACUUCGAAUGGUACUCUAUGGAGCUUUCUACACCGGACGCUUGGAAGGAAUACCUCAGAAAGAAAAUAUUUCUUAGCGCUAGCCCUGAAGGCCUUAAUGAUUGAUCUGACAAAAUAAUGAACACCAUUUAUUUUUGAUUUCCCUGCAGUUUUUGUGCAGUAAUGAAUAGGGCUGUGAAUCUUUGGGUGUCCCACGAUUCGAUUCAAUAUCGAUUCUUGGGGUCACGAUUGGACACAGUGUGUUGUCAAGCUUAUGAGAUGCGAUGCAAGUGUAAGCCACUGUGACACUAUUGUUCUUUUUUAUUUAUAUAAAUGUCUAAUGAUAAUGUCAAUGAGAGAUUUUUAAUCACUGCUAUGUUGAAAUUGUAACUAAUAUUGAUACUGUUGUUGAUAAUAUUCAUUUUUGUUUCACUACUUUUGGUUUGUUCUGUGUCGUGUUUGUGUCUCCUCUCAAUUGCUCUGUUUAUUGCAGUUCUGAGUGUUGCUGGGUCGGGUUUGGUUUUGGAAUUGGAUUGCAUUGUUAUGGUAUUGCUGUGUAUUGUUUUGUUGGAUUGAUUAAUUAAAAAUAAAAUUAAAAAAAUUAAAAUUAAAAUAAAAAAAUCAAUUUAAAAAAAAAAAAGAGAAUCGAUUCUGAAUCGCACAACGUAAGAAUCGCAAUUCGAAUUCGAAUCGAUUUUUUCCCACACCCCUAGUAAUGAAUGUAUGUUCCCACACCCCUGGUAAUGAAUGUAUUAAUACAUUUCUGUUUGUAUUAAGCCUUCCAAACCCAAGACUCUGUUUUAGACCAGUUUUCAAACCGUAUGUACUUGGCAUCCAUUGCAGCCGGUCACCCAGGAUGUGGGUUCAGACCAUUAAGUCACUGGGAUUUGUGCAGCCCUUGGAGGCACCCGUGAUUAAGGGCUAUAUCAAUAAUCUUUGAUAAUAAAUAGUGUUAAUUUGCUUUUAAUGUUAAUUAUGUUUUUUUUUUCAACAGGUUAUUACAUUUUGACAGGAUGCUUAGAAAAAAAAUCCCAAAUACAGCUGGGAAUAAUAUUUUAAUAUUUGAAUGUGACAAGUGAGGGAAUACAGUAUAUUCCAUUACAUUACUAUAUUUAAUAAUACAAAUGGACAGCUUUUUGGAUGCACUCCUACACUGAAAAGGAAAUAUUAAGCAGACUAAAAACACAAAAACUGUGAUCUUGUACUGUUACAUGCUAACUGACUCAUCAACAUGCAUUUAUCUUUAUAAAGGACACGGUUCGGGGGUGUUCAAAGUUUUGGCAUCCUGGCUACAUUGAGGCGCAUCGCCGCACAGGACGCUCCAGCUGCGUAGCGCAUCUCUCUGAUCAUCCCCGCCCACUCUUUCUUGUCCUCUUCAUACCUGAAGGUGAUAGAGCGCAUGCUGAAAGAGUACACACAAUGACAUGUAUAUCCAUAUGUAAAGGCACAUACUGCCAAAUGUCAACGACUUCCACAGGCGUGCACUCCUUGUUCUCGUUUUCCACCAUGGCGAAGCCUCCGAUGGCAUAAAGUAGUCCACCGCAGCUGACCAGGUUGACUGAACUUCGCUCCUGGGGAAACUCUGUGAACGCUGACCACCUGUAACAAGAUGGCCAAUCAGUAUAUGCCAUUAAUCAUUAAGUGUACUUCUUUUUUUUUUAUUAGGGACCGCAAUGUCCCUUUGGGACAGAGGACCCUAUUGUAAUUGUAAGGUUUUAUUAUUAUUCUUUAUUAUACCGCCGCCUCUUUGAGCUGUAAUUUGACCCCCUUAACAUGCUUCAAAACUCACCAUAUUUGACACACACAUAAGGACUGGCGAAAAUUGCGAUCUCAUCAAAAAACCUAGCCCCCAAAACUCAAAAUUGCGCUCUAGCGCCCCCUAGGAAGAAGACAGACAAAACUGCCUGUAACUCCACUAGGAAUGUCAGAGAGACAUAAAACAACAAAAACCUCUAUGUAGGUCUCACUUAGACCUAGAUUUCAUACACUGACAUCCUUCAGCAAAAAUCAACAGCAAUUCCCCUUCAAAACAAAAGUUUUGUAAAAACAGUCACUUUUGCCUCUCUGAGCUAUAAUUUGACCCCCUUAACAUGCUUCAAAACUCACCAAACUGGACACACACAUCAGGACUGGCAAAAAUUGCGAUCUAAUAAAAAAAACCCAACCCAAAACUCAAAAUUGCGCUCUAGUGCCCCCUAGGAAGAAAAACACAGACAAAACUGCUCCUAGGAAGAAAACACUGACUAAACUGCCUGUAACUUCCAGUAGGAAUGUCGUAGAGACAUGAAACAAAAACCUCUAUGUAGGUCUAACUUAGACCUACAUUUCAUGUAUUGACAACCUCCAGCAAAAAUCAACAGGAAGUUUGCAAUUCCCCCUUCAAAACAAAAGUUUUGUAAAAACCGUUCACCUUUUUUCAAAAAUGAUCUCCUCUGAGCGUGUUUGUCGUGUCGGCUUCAAACUAGCACAGGAGAGAGAUUGAACCCUUCUGAUUAAAAGUUGACGAAAGAGUUUUAAUUACUGCUGCGGUUUGGAUUUUAUGUGCCGUCAAAGUCGGGUCCCGUCCAUCGCUGCUUGCAGCUUUAAUUUUAUUAAUUUUUUAAUUUUUUUUACAUAACAAAAAAGGAUGAGUAUAGUUCCACAAAAGAUUGGCAAACAUUAAAAGUAUCAAAAGACACAUUUGACUGAAAAUUCAAAAAAUGUAUGUAGAUUUACAAACGUAUGUGUAGAGCUUGUGAAUAAUAUGGAAAAGAUUUGGUAAUUACUGCCAGGUUUUUACUUGGGACUUUGAGUACUAAAAGUGUGUCAGCAUUGUGACAACGUUCACCACACAUCACUGGUGCAUGUUUCCUCACCUCAUUAAAUCUCAGUUACAGCAGCUGAUGGACGCUGUAUUGAGAACAUAAAUGCAACAUCAAAUAGUUUUCUCUUCCGCUGUAUACUUUAGUGUGGGGACAAGUGCGUCUGUCUGCAAUAUUUUCCACACCUGUCUCCGGAAUCUAAUUUAAUCUCGGAGCAAAGUCCGUGUAGCUUGUCGGCCAUGAUUACCAAGCCAAACAGCGCUAGUGCGCAUGCGCCUGACUUUGUGUUGCCUAAAAUGCAUUAAUAAAGGACGUUUUUUCGGUAAUUAAGAAAUUACAGUGUUACCAGCCGUCUGGAAUUUUAUCACAAAUUAUCAAUACACCGUUUACUGUAACAUACCUCGUCCAUUAACAGGUAAAAAGUCAAGAGCGGUAACGGCAUGUUCUUGCACAGAUGUUGGCCAAUUUUUUAGGACAUGGCGGCAAAUGACGAGGGCGGUCGCGGCAGUUGCCGUGGUAAAAAUUCGAGCCUGUGUAAAUAUGUGUUGCAGGGCGUAAAAAAAAAUAGCUGCGGGUUGCAAAUGGCCCACAGGCAGCACUUCGGACACCCCUAUUCUAUUGUCUAUAGUUUUAUAUACAGUACAGGCCAAAAGUUUGGACACACCUUCUCAUUGAUGUCCCAACCCCAUUGAUAAAGCAAGAAAUUCCACUAAUCAACCCUGAUAAAGCACACCUGUGAAGGGAAAACCCUUUCAGGUGACUACCUCUUGAAGC